GCCCCUGGGACGCACGGUGGGCUGAGUCAGCGCCGGGAAGCUGGGAUCUGGAAGUCGCAGCCUGGCAGAGCCAGCGCAGCCUCUGGGCCAACCGGGUUGUCGAGCUGUGCUCUCCUUUAAGAUCCCCGCCGGAAGUGGAGUACAGAGGAACUCAGAAACGAUUAUUAUACAGAGGGAGAGAACCUCCUUCCCUUCGUGUCAAGACCAAGAGACCUCCCAGCCUCUCCACAGAAGAAAACCUUCAGAUUUGAACCUACCUGCUUUCAAGCUAGUUGCCAUGAUGAAACUUAGACACAAAAAUAAAAAGCCAGGUAAAGGUUUUAAAGGCUGCAGGAAGCCUAUAAAGCAGAAUAGGAAGAAAACAGUUUCCAAAGUGGCCUCCUCUCUCCAGCUUGUUCACUCCAGUGAUCAUACCAACCGGGAGGCUGAAUUAAAGAAGAAGAGGGUUGAAGAGAGGAGGGAAAAGCAGCAAGCUGCCCGGGAGCAAGAGAAACACAGACGCAGGACGAUUGAGAGCUACUGUCAGGAUGUCCUGCGACGCCAGGAGGAGUUUGAGCGCAAGGAGGAAGUUUUGCAGGAAUUAAACAUGUUUCCUCAGUUGGAUGAUGAGGCCACAAGGAAGGCUUAUUACAAGGAGUUCCAUAAGGUGGUGGAAUAUUCUGAUGUGAUUCUGGAAGUCCUGGAUGCCAGGGACCCAUUGGGCUGUCGCUGCUUCCAAAUGGAGGAGGCUGUCCUGCGGACAGAAGGCAACAAGAAGCUGGUCCUUGUCUUGAACAAGAUUGACUUGGUCCCUAAGGAGGUUAUUGAAAAGUGGCUGGAUUACCUUCGGAAUGAGCUGCCAACUGUGGCUUUCAAGGCGAGCACCCAGCAUCAGGUUAAAAACCUGAAUCGUUGCAGUAUGCCAGUGGAGCAGGCUUCUGAGUCACUGUUGAAAAGCAAAGCCUGCUUUGGAGCUGAAAACCUCAUGAGGGUUCUGAGGAACUAUUGCCGCCUUGGUGAAGUGCACACCCAUAUCCGUGUGGGCGUUGUGGGCCUUCCCAAUGUUGGGAAGAGCAGCCUGAUCAAUAGCCUGAAGCGCAGCCGUGCCUGCAGUGUGGGGGCCGUUCCUGGGGUCACCAAAUUCAUGCAGGAGGUCUACUUGGAUAAGUUCAUCAGGCUGCUGGAUGCCCCAGGCAUUGUUCCCGGACCCAACUCGGAGGUGGGCACCAUCCUGCGCAACUGCAUCCAUGUGCAGAAGCUGGCGGACCCUGUGACCCCAGUGGAGACCAUCCUGCAGCGCUGCAACCUGGAGGAGAUUUCCAGCUAUUAUGGUGUGUCUCAGUUCCAGACCACAGAGCACUUUCUGACUGCAGUGGCCCACCGCUUGGGGAAGAAGAAGAAGGGAGGCAUGUACGGUCAGGAGCAGGCAGCCAAAGCUGUCCUGGCUGAUUGGGUGAGUGGGAAGAUCAGCUUCUAUACACUCCCACCAGCCACCCACACUCUGCCCACCCAUCUCAGUGCUGAGAUUGUAAAGGAGAUGACUGAGGUCUUCGACAUUGAGGAUACUGAGCAAGCUAAUGAAGAUACCAUGGAAUGCUUGGCCACUGGAGAAUCUGAUGAGCUGUUGAGUGACAUGGACCCACUUGAAAUGGAGAUCAAGUGGCUCCAUUCUCCGAUGGUGAAAAUAGCAGAUGCCAUGGAAAAUAAAACCACCGUGUAUAAGAUUGGAGAUCUCACUGGGUAUUGCACCAGUCUGAACCAUCAUCAGAUGGGGUGGGCUAAGCGCAAUGUGGACCACCGCCCCAGGAACAGCAACAUGGUGGACGUUUGCCCUGUGGACCGCCGCCCAAUGCUGCAGAGGAUCAUGGAGACAGACCCCCUGUACCAGGGCCAGGCUCUGGCAUCUGCUCUGAAGAAUAAGAAGAAGAUGCAGAAGCGUACAGAUAAACUCGCCAGCAAGCUGUCUGAUUCCAUGAUGUCUGUCCUCGACCUCUCAGGCAACGCUGGUGACUGAUCUCACCUCCCUCCUCUCCAAACACCAGUUCAAGUGGGAUGUGGGAUAGCAGAAUAUAGAUGAAAUAAAAUGGUUUGCUUCUCCCUGAGGCACCUGCAUAUUAGAAAAACGCUUCCCCCAUCAUCCCUCAUCCCAUUCUUCCCUGCAUUCUCCAGGAAAAGACUUCCAAGUCCCUGGAACUGGCAAACCCAGUACCCUUUAUUUAACCCCUACUCUGUUUUACAAGAGAAAUAAAAGAAAUUAUCAGAAGAA